UGCACACAAAACCCCUUGACUAUAAAUACUAAAGCCACCUAAUUAUUGGGUUAACACUGCAGACACAUUUUGCAGCAGACAUGAGAGAAAUAAAAAGCUGGCCGUUUUGGAGGGCUGUGGCUGCAGAGUUUGUUGGCAUGUUGCUCUUCAUCUUUAUUGGCUUAUUGGCCAUUGUUGGAAAACCUUCCCAGCCUGUUGUUCAGGAGCUGAAGGUCUCGCUGGCCUUUGCUCUGGCCAUUGCCACGUUAGCUCAGAGUUUGGGGCACAUCAGCGGGGCACACUUGAACCCUGCAGUCACUCUUGGCCUGCUGGUCAGCAGCCAGAUCAGUGUUCUCAGAUGUGUUGGUUACAUCCUGGCUCAGAUGCUCGGGGCAGUUGCAGCUAGCGCCAUUGUGAAUGGAUUUAAUAGCAGUGGACCUCUUGGUGUUAACGGUCUUUCCGUGAAUGUGUCUGUAGGACAAGGCUUCAUCAUUGAGUUCCUUGCCACCCUUCAGCUUGUCCUGUGUGUGAUAGCAGUGACCGAUAAGCGACGCAAGGAUGUCACAGGCUCUGCACCGCUGGCUAUCGGUCUGUCAGUGGGCCUUGGACACUUUGCUGCUAUAAGUUUCACUGGAUGUGGCAUCAAUCCUGCUCGCUCUUUUGGACCUGCUUUAAUAAAGAGUACAAUGGAGAACCACUGGGUGUACUGGCUGGGGCCUAUGUGUGGAGGCAUAGCAGCAUCUCUUAUCUAUGACUUUGUCCUGUAUCCACGAACAAACACCCUGAGAAGUCGCAGGAACGUCCUGCUUCAUGGUCCGGAAGAUGAAAAUGAUGUCGCUGAAAUAAUUGAAGGAGGCAACAGCAACCCCGGGCCAAGUCAAUGGCCAAAACAAUGAACAACAUGCGACUUUUGAUAUUUUCUACCUUCUUUGAACACGAUUUAUUUGACAGAUAUGCUUUAAAUAAAUAUGGACAUUUUUGUGUUUAUUUUUAUACCAGUGAAUACUUAAUAAAUCAUUCUUUUCAUCCA